AUCUAAUUUAUAUUUAUAUUUGCAAGGGCGCACAAUUUUGAUAUAAAAAGUACGUGAAGUGAGCGGCGAAGCCAAAACUCAAGCUGGCUAUGGCCUCUCUAUCUACUCCCAUGCCGCUAGCACUUCCCUCUGCUACAACAACAACCACCGCCGGCGGCGGCGCCUCAUUUGGCCCGUUUUGUCGUAAUAAAAAAGUCCCAUCUUCCACCAUUCACAAAACCAAUAAGUUAGUCAUUACGUGUAGCGGCUCCAAUGGCAAUGCCAAUGGUGAGAAAAGCAACAACUCAUUAUGGCCAGGCAAGUUUAUUGACCGGAGAGAAGCGCUUAUUGGGCUAGGCGGUCUGUAUGGCACAGCUUCAAGUACUUUUGGAGCUGAUCCCUUUGCCUUGGCAGAUCCAGUCGAAACCCCCGACCCGGCCAAGUGUCAUGUAAUCAAGAACUUGACCAAAGACAUCAAGGAAUUGAAUUGCUGCCCACCGUCCACCGAUAACGUAAAACCAUUUCUCAAACUGCGGGUUAGAAAGGCAGCACAAUCAUUAGAUAAAGAGUAUAUUGAAAAAUAUAAGGAAGCCGUAGCGCUUAUGAGGGCGCUGCCUGAUGAUGACCCACGUAGUUUUAAGCAACAAGCUGAUGUUCACUGUGCUUAUUGUAAUGGAGGUUAUAAUCAAUUGGGGUUUUCAGUUGAAUUACAAGUUCAUUUCUCGUGGCUGUUUUUUCCAUUCCAUCGUUAUUAUCUUUACUUUCAUGAGAGAAUAUUGGGGUCGUUGAUUAAGGAUCCUGAUUUUGCUUUGCCGUUUUGGAAUUAUGAUGCUCCGGAAGGGAUGGAAAUACCGAAAAUCUUCACGGAUGAAAGUUCGUCGCUUUAUGAUGCAUUUCGUGACGGUCUUCACCAGCCGCCGACAUUGGUGGUUUUGGAUUACAAUAAGAUUGACCCAGAUGUGCCCAGACAAACUCAAAUUGACAACAAUCUAACUAUUAUGCAUCGCCAGGUCGUGUCCGGCGCCACUACGCCCUUGCUCUUUUUUGGCCAGCCUUAUCGAUCUGGUAAACAACCAAAUCCAGGAAUGGGGACAGUGGAAAACAUUCCUCACACUCCAAUUCAUGUGUGGACCGGUGACCGGAAUCAAUCUAGCGGAAUAGACAUGGGAGCCUUCUUCUCCGCGGCUAGAGAUCCCAUCUUCUACGCCCACCACGCCAACGUGGACCGAUUUUGGACUAUAUGGAAAACCCUAGGCGGAAAACGGCGAGACAUUAAAGAUACUGAUUUCCUAAACGCUUCCUUUAUAUUCUAUGAUGAAAAUUGUGAAGCCGUUCGAGUAUAUGUGAAAGAUUGUCUAGAUACAAGAGCCCUCGGAUACGUCUACGAUGACACCGUAAAAAUUCCGUGGCUCGAAACACCUCCGACCCCACGAGUGCCACGGAAAACCAAAAAACUCAAGAAGAAAUCUGUUGGGCAAAUGGGGAAGUUACCGUCGGUUUUGGACAAGAUUGUCCGCUUCGAAGUGAAGAGGCCGAAGAAAUCGAGGAGUAAGAAGGAGAAAGAGGAUGAAGAGGAGAUUUUGGUGAUUGAUGGGAUUGAGUUUGAUGGAAACAAAUGUAUUAAGUUUGAUGUUUUCAUCAAUGAUGAGGAUGAUACGGAAAUUAGAGCAAAUAAUUCUGAGUUUGCAGGGAGCUUUGUGAACUUGCCUCAUGCGAAAGGCAGUAGCAUGAAAAUAAAUACAAGCCUUAGGUUAGGGAUAAGUAAAGUGCUUGAGGAUUUGAAUGCGGAUGAUGAUGACAACAUUAUUGUUACUUUAGUCCCUAGGUUUGGAGAUGAGCCCCCCAUCAUUCAGGACAUCAGGAUUGAAUAUGAUGCAUAACUAUUCGAUGCAAUAUGCGUUGGAUCCAUCUUUUAUAUUUGGAAUAAUUGUGGUGUUAAGUAUUAAUGUUUCUCUACUUUUAUAGCGUUGACAACCUUUUGGAGUACUAAAUCUGCCCUGUUAUGUAGCUAUAAUGUCUCUACUAUGUAGUUAAUUGCAAGGGUUUCCUCUAAUAUUUUACUGCUUUCCAUUUUAUCUUGAGUUGAUUUGUAGCUCUUCUUGUUCAUAUCAAACAAACUAUCCUUUUGAAUGAAUGCAAUACUUCAAAA